AUGUCUAUGUCGCCCUGCUCCUUGGUCCUCCCGGGACUCCUCCACCUUCUCCUCCUCCUCUUGCGCGCCUGGCCGUUGCAUUUUAGGCGGCUGGUGGUCGAGUGGUUCCUCCCCCUCCCUCCCUCCCUCCCUCCCUCCCUCCCUCCCUCCCUCCCACCACGACUUCAGGGUCCUGACUCCAUCCCUUCUGUGCUUCUCCAAAAAGCUCUGGAGAAAGAUGACAGGGAGGGCGGGAAGGAGGGCGGGAAGGAGGGCGGGCUGGAAUCCAAGCCCUGGUUGACGGCGGCGAUCCUCCUGUGGGACCUGCUCGCGCAACCCGUUCCACUGCCUUCGAAGGGAAAGAAAGGAGGAAAGGGAGGAGGAAGUGGAGGAGGAGGAGGGGAGGAAGAAAUGGACACCAGGGAGGGGGAAAAAGAGGAGGAGGGAAGGGAGGACGGGAGGGAGGAAGGGGAACGCCAACCGCUCCUACCUCACUCCUUCCUGGACGAGUGCCUCACCCUCCUCCUUCAUCUC